UCAGGCCUGUCCCCUCCCAGGAACCAACCAUGCUUCUGUGGCUGAGUUUGCUGCUCUGCAGUGGAGCCUGCUGGGCUCACGAGUUGCUGGGGGCUGGAGGGGGCUGGAACUUCAACAGUCCCCCGGACAACACCAACGACAUCACCGGCAUCCAGGUGUCUUUUGGCGACACAGGCCUGAUGAAGAGCAUCAGGCUCCGGUUCGGAAGCGCCUGGAGCCCCAAAUAUGGUGUGGAGGGAGGGAGGACCCAGACCUUCGUGCUGCAGCCCGGGGAGCACAUCACCUCUGUGUAUGGCACCGCCAAGGCCUUCAUCCGCUACCUGGUCUUCUACACUGACCAGGGCCGCUGGGUCUCCUUUGGGAACAAGGUGGGCAACCACUUCACGGCCCAAGGGGACCUGUAUGGGAAGGUGCUCACGGGGGUCUUCGGCCAGCACCGGCUCCUGGGCAUCACGGGCAUUGGCUUCGACUGGGAUUACCCUCUGGCACAGCCCGAGGCGCCAACACCAGCGCCAAAGCCAGAGACGACAUUAAAGAGCAAAAAAUAG